UUUCGGCUUUGUGUYGACACAGACUCCUCCUCUGACACCUUUUCAAUCAUUAAAACCAACUAGAGGAGAGUCCACGGUCAGAUUCUCCUCCGAACGAGCAAGAAAAACCACUCGCUGCUCCGGUCCAGACAAACAGGCUCUCAUCGGUAAAGACAGCGACAGAUCUUCAGGAUGGUGUCAGGMGGAAGACAAAUUCUGGGGAUGGCUCUGGCCCUCAUCGGCUUUCUGGGAGCCAUCAUCAUUUGUGGUCUCCCCACCUGGAAGGUCACAGCCUUCAUCGGCGCCAACAUCGUCACUGCUCAGGUCAUCUGGGAGGGUUUGUGGAUGAACUGUGUGACUCAGAGCACGGGCCAGAUGCAGUGCAAGGUCUACGACUCCCUGCUGGCCUUGCCUCAGGACCUGCAGGCCGCCAGAGCUCUCGUCGUCAUCGCCAUCAUUGUUGCCAUCAUCGGUAUCCUGCUGGGCGUGGUGGGUGGCAAGUGCACCAACUUCAUCACGAAAGAGGAUCAGAAGGCCAGAGUGGCCGUCGCCGCCGGAGUUGUCUUCAUCAUCGCAGGCGUUUUGGUGCUCGUCCCCGUCUGCUGGACCGCCCACACCAUCAUCCGGGAUUUCUACAACCCAACCCUGCUCAGCGCUCAGAAAAUGGAACUGGGAGCAUCCCUSUACAUCGGAUGGGGCUCCGCUGGCCUGCUGGUGCUGGGAGGGGCCCUCCUCUGCAGCUCCUGCCCCAAGAGUGAGGAGAGGUACGACAACUACGAUGUCCGGUACUCCAAGGCUCAAUCUGCAGCGAGCCCCAAGGAAUACGUYUAGGUCUUUAAAUAAAAUAGACAUUUUAAGUUUGUUUUAAAAAUGUUCCAGGUGGAAAACACAAAUCUGUAAAUUAAAUGCCUCCUUUACCGUUUGACUCACUGUCACACGUGUUGUAAAAUUUGCAAUGUUGUGAUUUUCUAUUCAUAAAUGUAUAUAGACUUUCAGUGUUUUUUUUACUAAGCACUUUUAUGGACAAUGUUUUUGAGGUGUUUUCUCAGACUUGUAAAUGUUUUUCUCCUUAAAAACUGCUAUAUUUGAACUUUAUUGAUGUAAAUGUUACUUCAAACCCUGAUUUUUAAACACUAAUUUCUCUCUCUGCAAGUUAAUUGAACAUUGAUGAAUAUACUGUAUAAUCACUACAUUAGCUGCUUCUAUUUUCCUGUUUUAUUUUGAUCGAUAAUUUGUAUCUUUGUCACUGUAAAAUCAUUGGUUGUGGCACUUUUGUCUUAAAGUUAGAUGUAUUUUUUUAUUUUGUUUCUUUUUCUAACAUCAAGAACAAUUACAGUAAUAGAGAAGAAAACAGAGAAGUUCUGUUCAUCUGGUUUUGCAAGUGAUCAUAAAAUAAUCUUUACAAACAGGUUUAGUGACAUGUGGCUUGCCAGCCAAUCAAACAGCAACUGAAUGAUAAUCUUGUGUUUAAAUAGUUAUUUUUGUACUUUUCAGAAAUUAAAAAUGCAGUUUACAACAAA